AUGCUAGGUAUGGUCAAUAGUGUCUCCAGCACCACAGCACCUGUUGGCGGCACAGCCACAGAUCUACCUGCGCAGUACAUAAAGGGGGGAAAAUUUGUAAAGAUUACCUUCCCUGAUGGUACCCAGAAAACCGUCCCAACCAUCAAAAAACUGCAGAACAUCAAGAAGUGCAAGGGGUUAGAAGGAUAUCAAGGCCAAAUUUUGAAACAACUUGGCGAGUUGCUUGGGAAUGUUGGAGUUACCUGGGAGCUAGUCCCUUACAAUGUUUGGGCUGCCAUCCUUGUCUCUACUAAGGCCGCAUACCCGGUCCUCUACUGCUUCCCAGAGGACUGGGCUGGGAAAGCCUUGAUGAAGACCAUAUGCAAAAACAAGCGUGACACCAAGGCAAAUAAGCAAGGGCGGCUACGCGGAGGGAAGAAAAGAAGAGCCCGUGAGGAAGAGCUUGCCAAAGAAGAGCCCGCCAAAGAAGAGCCCGCCAAAGAAGAGCCGCCAAAGAAGAGCCCAUCAAGGAGGACCCCGUGGCCGAAGAACCUGAUGAUGUUGGAGUGCGGUGAGCUCAACAAGGACCGCAGAUCUAGGAAAGGCCAAGACCCCACUGCUGCCGCCAUUGCCAAGUCCGCCAAAUCCUUGCCCAUAUCAAAGCCAUCCCCGCCUCCAAAGGUGCCUCUGGCUACUGUGAAAAAGGCAGGCAUUGGUAAGACUACCAAUCAACGGCACCAAUCACCAAGUCCACCAAUACGGAGUCUCAAGAGGAAGGCUCAACCUGAACCUGGCCCCGGUGUGGAAUCCAACCUUGAAACCGCAACCAAACCAGCAAAACCCCCGCCAACCAAGUGCCAAAAGGGCAGCGUACAUACCAAAGGGAAAGUGUCCAGGCGCUCAAACUCUUGGGCACAGAACUGCCAAGACGAAGUCUUGCAGCUGGAGAGUGCGAGUGCAAAGAAAGAAGAAAUCCACUGCUAUAGCCUCCACCUCUGCCUCGAUUUCAACUAA